GCGAGCUUGAGUUGUUUACUUUUUUGCGAGUAAUAUUUCCCCUCUUCUUUCUAACUGUAUACGGUUGCAGUAGGCUUUCGUUAUUUGUGAAACUGACACACUUCAAAACGGAAUGAGUACUACCAUUAGCACCCAACGAGGACAGGUAUACAUUGGGGAGUUGCCUCAAGACUUCCUGCGUAUUACUCCCACCCAGCAGCAGCAACAAGUUCAGUUGGAUGCCCAAGCAGCGCAGCAGUUGCAGUAUGGGGGAUCCCUGGGCACUGUAGGACGGCUUAGCAUCACUGUUGUGCAGGCCAAGCUAGCUAAAAACUAUGGUAUGACACGCAUGGACCCUUACUGCAGGGUCCGACUAGGGUAUGCUGUUUAUGAAACACCCACAGCCCAUAAUGGUGCCAAGAAUCCACGAUGGAACAAAGUUAUCCAGUGCACUGUCCCACCUGGAGUAGACUCCUUCUACCUGGAGAUCUUUGAUGAGAGGGCAUUCUCCAUGGAUGACAGAAUUGCAUGGACACAUGUCACCAUCCCGGAAGGCCUGAGAGAAGGCAGUGUGGUUGAUGAGUGGUACAGCCUCAGUGGCAGACAAGGCGACGACAAGGAGGGCAUGAUCAACCUGGUCAUGUCUUAUGCUAACAUGCCAGCAGGUAUGCAUAUGUCUCCACCCGUUGUCCUCAUGCCCACAGUCUAUCAGCAGGGGGUAGGAUACGUACCCAUUGCAGGAGUGCCCACUGUAUACAACCAGGGAAUGGUGCCCAUGGGUAUGCCUGCAGCACCCACAGUCGCCCCACAAGAGGCUCCCUGUAGCGAGGAGGAUCUUAAGGCACUGCAGGACAUGUUCCCCAAUCUGGACAAGGAAGUGAUCCGCACUGUAAUUGAGGCCCAGCAAGGUAACAAGGAUGCCGCCAUCAACUCUCUGCUCCAAAUGACAGAAGAGCUGUAACAGUGGAGCCACAAAUAAAUCCACUGUGGCUGCCAGAACAUUGCCCAUUCACAGCAACAGCACCCUGCACAGUCUGUAAAUAUGCACUCAGGCCUGCGAGCUCUCAACUGUCACUCACACUAAAUAAAAUCCAGCUGAUUUUUUUUUUUAACCAUAAGCAGAUGUCCAUAUCUGAGGUGUCACACAUUUAUACAUCUGUAUACAUUACCAUCUGUAUUAUGAAUCAAUGUAUAGCUUUGUUCCCAGUCCACAUCUGAGAUUGGGACAAAUUGGUUUACCUAUUGAUAAGUGCUGUGAUGGCUGGUUGGCUUCUCAAUGUUACAUUCCACUUCACUCAGAAUGGGUUAUGUACAAUUGAUGUUGAUGCAGUGCUACUGUAUGUGGAAUAAAGAAAGGAAUUGAUCCUGCA